AUGGAAAAGAGUAAGUCUUUGCCUUACUAUCUCGCUUCGUAUGUAGAUGCCCGGCUCGAUUUUGAAGAUCGGGCCAAGUCAUUUAGCUUCAACGGGCCAGGUGCCUGUAAUCCAGAGGUCGAGAGGAGGAAAAGGGUGGCGGGAUACAACAAGUACGCUAAAGGAGGUAAAGUGAAAUCGUCGUUAAAGAACAGCUUUAAGUGGAUCAAGAGCAAGUUGAAAGACAAUUGGUGGCAAAAAGGAGAGGCUGAAGGCAAAGAUUAG